GUUAAGUAUUUUUAAUUGGUUUAACUUUACGCAUAUACGAAACUUAUAAUCAGCUCGUGCUGGUGUGCUUUUGAGUAAUUAAGUAGUGAAAGUUAUCAAUACUUCAUGGCUUUGAUAGCGACUGACCCGAGCUUCAAACCGAACGGGACGUCGGUGAUUUAUAACAGAGUCGGAGCAGGAAAAGACGUGAUGCAAGUCCAUUUGAACGGAUUUAAAACUAACAAAAUGCAGCCCAAAGAAACCGACGGGCUGCCCAAAGCUUUCCUGCAUAGUUUAAGGACUCUUUUUGACAUUUUGGACGACAGCGGACGAGGCUACGUCCACAUCUCGGAGAUCGAGAGUCGCUGGCAGGGCGCAGACACGAGGGAGCUGCCGGGCGGAGUGCUGGGCUGCCUCCGGAGGGUCACUCCGCCGCACGGUUGUCUCACUUUUGAGCGGUUCGUGGCUGGGCUGCGGUACUCCAUGCUCAAUCCGGAGAAUAGCUCCCACUUCAAGGCCCAGGCUGCUGUGCACCCUCUGCCACAGAGACCCGUCCCCGCAUCGUGUGGCGUCGGACCUGUGGUGGAGAACAAGGUCCGCCCGCUGGGACCGAGCAACGUGACGAACACCCAGCAGCAGCACCGGGGGUCCUCUCUGCAGAGCCGGGCCAGGCCGGAGGACGGGCCCGGGUAUCCCGCGUGUGGACAGGUGCGGUACGGCGCGGACUUCCAGAGAUCCGGGCGGAGUUUGGAGCGGGUUCCUGUAGCUCCGGAGGAUGGGGGUUACCGAACCGACCCGGUCCAACAUGGCUCCAAAGCUGCACAGCCUCAGCAGAGCAGGAUGAGGGCGAUUGAGUCGCUGGCCCUGGAGUCCCCACAGCUCCAUCAGGAUCCAUGCGUUGUGAAAUCAGGUUUACCGAGAUCUCAGAGUGAAUCAGCGACAGGCUUUAGUGGAGGUUCCAGACGACAUGGGCGGAGUCGGGAGGAGCAGAGGAGGCAUACCAUUUCCAACGGAGUGGAUUAUGAAAUGCUGAAGCAAAUGAAAGAGCUGGAGCAGGAGAAGGACUCCCUGCUGGCAGGCCUGGAAGUGGUGGAGCGGGCCCGGGACUGGUACCAGGGCCAAAUCCACAACGUCGCAGAGAGACAGCGACAGGUCGGACAGAGUUCUCAAUGUACGGACUUCUUCACAGAAGCUAGCCAGAGUCGCAUGAAUGUUCUCAUUCCCAAAUUACAAGACGUCAGCCGCUGCCUUAAUGACCUGAUUUCCUGCCCUGGAAUGCCGUCUUUUCCUUCGGGUGGUGCUCCGACUGCAGUGCUGUCCACUAACUCCCAGUCUCCAACCCCAGCACCCCCUCAGGCCAUCCAGAGGCUGAAGGACCAGAACCGACUUCUCACUCAGGAGGUGACAGAGAAGAGUGAGCGGAUCGCACAGCUGGAGCAGGAGAAGUCGGCCUUGAUAAAGCAGCUUUUUGAAGCUCGCGCUCGCAGCGCUCAGGACACCAGCACCUUGGAUUCCACUUUUAUCUGAAACAGCUCAUCAUCAGCGCCAAGUGUCAGACGGGAAUCAUAACGAAGUCCUGUCAACGUAUGCGUGCUGGUCUGGAGGAGAACUGAACAAGACAAGUUUACCCAACUGACCAUUUAUGACAUUAAUGCACCUUUAGUAGAUAUACAACACACCAGGACCCUCCACUACAACAGGAUUCAAAGCAUGCACUACCUGGAUAUGAUCAGUUCUGACCUGUGCGACCCAAAUGAAAAGCUCUUAUUUUCCUGCCUGAUCGAAGCUGAAAGACUGAAGCACUCAUGAACUCAGGCAGGUCCCAUGAUUCCAAUCACUCCAUUUCUUGCUGGAUUGCAGCAUCAACAAAAUCUCCUGUCCCUCUCCUAAAAGACUUAUUUGUACUCUUGCUGCUCAACCGCACAAAGAACAGAUCAUGAACUUAACGUAGCACAAACAGCUAUUGGCCAGUGAGGAAUAUUUUGUGUUGGAAUGAAAUGCCAUACUUCUGCAGAUGAAAACAACCAGCUGCACCCACUUGCUGUGACCCAUCAGAUACGCAUUUUUUUUCCAGUUUGAUACUUUUAGAAGACUUUUUUUUUCUUUCCUUUCUCUUC